AUGACUAAUAACACAGGUAAAAUUGUCCAAAUUAUUUCAGCUGUCGUUGAUGUACAUUUCAGUGAUAAUAAUUCUUUACCAAAAAUUUUAAAUGCGCUCGAGUGUAAUAAUAAUGGCAGUAAAGUAAUAUUGGAAGUAGCUCAACAUAUAGGAGAUAAUAUAGCGCGAUGUAUAUCUAUGCAUCCAACUGAUGGCUUAGUAAGAGACCAAACGGUAGUUGAUACAGGCGACAGUAUUAAAGUGCCUAUUGGCCUAGAAACUCUUGGAAGAAUAAUGAAUGUAACUGGUGAUCCAAUUGAUGAGCGAGGAAAUUUUAAUACUACUAAUUUUUCUUCAAUUUACAAACCUGCUCCAGCUUUUGUUGACCAAUCAACUGAGAAAAAUAUUUUAGUAACAGGAAUUAAAGUAAUUGAUCUUUUAGCACCAUAUGUGAAAGGAGGAAAAAUUGGGUUAUUUGGCGGUGCUGGUGUGGGGAAAACAGUAUUGAUUAUGGAACUUAUUAACAAUAUAGCUAAAGCCCAUGGCGGAUAUACCGUAUUUGCUGGAGUUGGAGAAAGAACCAGAGAAGGUAAUGACCUUUAUCAUGAAAUGAUUACUUCUGGGGUAAUUAAUCUCC